AUGAGGUACAGGACGGUGGUGAUGUACUUGGAGAUCGGCUGCUUUGUGUGCUGCCUCUGUGGCUGGAUCCUGGUCUCCUCCACUCUUCCCACAGAGUACUGGACUUUCUCAGAGGUGAGCAGCAUAGUGCUGACCACCUCCAACUACUACUCCAACCUGUGGAUGGACUGCGUCUCUGACACCACAGGGGUGUCUGACUGCAAAUACUACCCAUCCUUGCUGGCCCUGCCUGCAUUCCUGCAGGCCUGCAGAGCUCUGGCUGUCUGUGCUGUCAUCACAGGCUUCUUUGGGAGCGUCCUCACACUCAUAGGGAUGAAAUGCACUAAAAUAGGUGGGACAGACAUUAUCAAUACAAGGGUGACAUUUUCUGGUGCGGUCACCUACCUGGCUUCAGGUGGCUGUGGUAUUAUCACCUACUCAUGGUGGGCCAACAGAGUCAUAAAUGAAUUUAAGGAUCCAAAUUUCAAGGCACAGAAAUUUGAACUUGGAGCUGCUAUUUUUAUUGGCUGGGGAGGAUCAGUUCUCCUCAUCUGUGCAGGAGCGGUGCUGGCUUAUUUAUCUGGGAAAGAAAUUCUGUCAUCAAGGUCACGGAGGUCACAGAGAAUGGAUACGCCGCUGCCCUCGACCUCUAAAGUGACGCUGGUGCCGCCGGUGAACGGCCGAACAACCAGAACAACAAACCUCACCAGAGACAGCUUCGUCUGAGCCAGAGGGAAGAGAGCAGAGUCCGUUCAAGAUGAAGCUGGAGCGGGCAGUGAGCUUAGCUUAGCCUAAAGGAAACAACUAGCUUGGCUCUCAUUGGUGGGCUUUGUUACUGUUUUUCCUCAUGCUAUGCUAAGCUAAUUACCUCCUGUGGGACAGAUGGAGAGUGAUGUCACUAUCAAGAAAACAACUGAGCAGAUUUUCCAUAGGCCCUUUUCUGAUUUUCAUAGCUAAAGCUUCUUGCUUUUAACAGGAAGUAUCUGCUGUUUGGUGACGCUUUCAGUCUUUCCUGUAGUGUUGCUGUGUG